AUGAUUAAACAACAGCAACCACAACAACUUAAGGCACAAAACACCCAGGUCCCUCAGACCAUUACAUACGCCAUAUAUGCAUAUAAUUCAAAGACGGCAGAACAAACGCAAAGGUUGAAAUAUGGAGAUUUGGAGAUAGUAUUGAAAAAUGAACAUUUCGAAUUCGUUUGCAAAGGUGGUGCAGUGAUAUCAAAUAUAAAAGAAAUUUUAUUUAUGAAUUCAAAAAUUAAAGGAAUAACGGAUGAUAUAACAUCAAUUCCACCAGAAGAACAGAGAUAUUACGCAUUAAAUGCAUUUCCUAAAGUUUUGAAGAUUGGAAGAUUUAAUUUAAAUGAGGAAUUCAUAGAAGGUUUCCUAAAUGACAUAAUGAAGAGGGCGGAUAAGGAAUAUGUGGAUAGUGAGUUAAAUAAGAAGGCAAAUUUGGUUUAUGUUGAUGAAAAAGAUAAUGAAAUUAAAGAAAAGGUUGAAUGGUAUCAUGAAUGGACAUCGGAGACUUUUAAAGUUAAAGCUGAUACAGAAUGGGUUUCAGGAUGUUUAGACCUUAAAGCAGAUAAGAACCAUACACAUAACUUCUUCUCAACUGUUGCUAUAGAAAGUAUUGAAGGAACGGUUGACGGAACUGAUGGGGAUGCAUUAUAUUA